CUUUUCCUUGAAGGAGCUAGCAGUAAAAGAAUGGACACCAGAGCAACAACUUGUUCUAGUAUUGUCAAGAAGAAUACCCAUCUCAUGGAUAUCCGUGAAGUAUCCAACGAAGAAGAUCAUCACCAUGAAGAAGAAGAAGAAGAAAACAUCAUUCAGAUCGAAAUACCCACUAAGACCGACAGACAAUCAAACCGACCCCCCAUUAAGCCACGAGAAGCCAAGAGGCAGCAGCAGCAGCAACAACAACAAAGGAGUUUUAACCGUCAGGUGUCGCUUGAAACGGGCUUUUCCGCCCUGAAUAGAGAAUCCAACACCAAAGAAGACCGAAAGAAGGUUCUCUCCAGAAGCGGGAAUAGCUUUGGUGGGUUCGGUUCUGCUAAUAGAAUCGACGGAAUAAGAAAACCAGCAGAUUUCAGCAUUUUCAGAACUAAAUCCAGUCUAGGAAAGCAAAAUUCCUUACUACCUUCUUCGUGGAAAGACAAUGAAGGAGAUGGAAAUGGAAAUGGCGGCCUUAGAGGACCUGAAGCGUCUGAUCAUAAUAAUAAUAAUAAUACUGUUCCUGCUGGAAGGUACUUUGCUGCACUUAGAGGACCUGAACUUGAUCAAAUCAAAGACUAUGAAGACAUUCUUCUUCCAAAAGAUGAGAUUUGGCCAUUCCUUCUAAGGUUCCCUAUUGGUUGCUUUGGUAUCUGUUUAGGUUUAAGCAGCCAAACCAUUCUAUGGCAAGCCAUGGCUACGAGCCCGUCGAUGGCCUUCCUUCACAUUACUCCGUUCAUAAACCUCGCACUAUGGCUUCUAUCUCUUUUGGUUCUUGUCUCCGUUUCAAUCACCUAUAUGUUGAAAUGUGUCUACUAUUUCGAGGCCGUCAGGCGAGAAUAUUUCCACCCAGUACGUGUCAACUUCUUCUUCGCUCCGUGGAUUGUCUGCAUGUUUUUGGUAAUAGGGGCCCCAAAGAUGUUGUUCCCUGGACCACCUCACCCUGCGGUUUGGUGUGUUUUCAUGGGUCCUGUUUUCUGUUUGGAGUUGAAAAUUUAUGGGCAAUGGUUAUCCGGGGGAAAGAGGAGGCUUAGUAAGGUGGCGAAUCCUUCUUCCCAUUUGUCUGUGGUUGGGAACUUUGUUGGGGCUAUAUUGGCUGCUAAGGUAGGGUGGGAGGAGCCUGCAAAGUUCUUGUGGGCGGUUGGAUUCGCUCAUUACUUGGUGGUGUUUGUCACUCUGUAUCAGAGACUUCCCACAAGCGAAGCCUUGCCAAAAGAGCUUCACCCGGUUUAUUGUAUGUUCAUCGCAGCUCCCUCUGCCGCCAGCAUCGCUUGGGAGACUAUUUAUGGUGAAUUUGAUGGGUGCUCGAGGACUUGUUACUUCAUAGCUCUGUUCCUCUAUGUUUCUCUUGUUGUUCGCAUCAACUUCUUCUGGGGUUUCAGGUUUUCAGUGGCAUGGUGGUCUUAUACCUUUCCAAUGACAACUGCAUCUCUAGCUACCAUAAAGUAUGCAGAACAAGUAGAUUCGGUAAUAAGCAAGGGACUUGCACUUACCUUAUCAUUCAUGUCAUCGACAAUGGUGUCAUCAUUGCUCGUCUCGACCCUCCUUCAUGCGUUUGUUUGGAGGACAUUGUUCCCCAAUGAUCUUGCAAUUGCCAUAACAAAAAAGAGAGUAGUAGUAGGGAAGGAAAAUAAGGAGAAGGAGAAAAAACCUGCCACAAAAAAAACUUAUGAUAUUCGUCGAUGGGCAAAGCAAUCGCCUCUCAACUUUGUUUCAUCCAUAACAAAGCACAAUCAGGGAAACGACAAGGACUCCUCCCAUGGAUGAAGAACAUAUGAUGAAUUGGAUGAAGUAUAGAAUAAAACAUUGACAGUAAGUAGCCUUUUCUGCAUUUUAUUGAGAAUUGGAUGGAGUUUUACAAUGUGAAAAUAUGAAACUAAAGUUAUGUACUUGUGUUUGGUAUUCGAC